AGACCCAGCUGGAAAAAGAAAUGCCCCGAAUCAGAGGAGCCACAAUCCUCCCUACACUGGAUGUGGCCUCUGGAUUCUGGACCAUUCCGGUGCACCCGGAAAACCAACACAAACUGGCAUUCACACUUGGCAACCGUCAGUUCACCUUCAACAGGUGUCUGUUCGACUAUGCCAACUCACCAGCUGAAUUCAACAUCUGUUUGAACAAAGCCUGUACACACUCUAACUAUGCUAGACUCAGUUUCGUGUGCCAUCUUCCAUGCUGUAAACAGAAUGGUUUCAAAACUGCAAACAACAAGCCAGUCAAACACCAACACCUGUUCCAGCAAUGUGAUAACAUCACAAAAACACACAAUGUGACUGUGUACUGGAAGAAGGUAAAAGGACAUUCAAAGCUACCAAGUCUAGACAAGGACUUAAAAGAUCAAACUGACACUCUUGCCAAAACUGGCACACUAAACAACAGGCUGUGGUCACUCCCAACCCACCCACCCACAUUCAGGGUUGAACUGAUUACACACAGCACAAGAACUUUACUAGCUAAACUGCCUACCUCAGAAACGCUUUACGCUGGCUCCGUUGUCUCCAAAGACCAACAUAGCGGACAUGCGGGCUUCUGAAACCUCCAUAAUGACUUUGCUUUACCACCUCUCAGACCCCUCCAUCCACCCUGGCAACCAGUCUAUAGUCACUGACAACCAAAGCCCCAGACCACUGCAUGAUACAAACGACAUGCUGCGUGCACAGAAAAACAUUGUGGUUUGUGCACCGUCUGACAUCACAAUGCCAGGGCUUGUAAUGCUACGGAGCAAAAGGGGGAAUAUGCCAAUAUAUUUCCAUGACGCAUCAUGUGCUGAACCACGCAGCACCAGAGCCACUGACAAAACACUGAAGCAAGCAUCAUGCCAGCAGCAAAAUGUGGCAAAACAUGAGCCAGGGCGAGCUAAACCCAGUCGCAGCCCACGAAGCAAAGAGACUGCCCUGUCCAACCAAAGACAGCCCUCGCUUGUUUCUUCCUCCCCUUUCUCUCUCUCUCUCUCUCUCUCCCUGUUAUCUGUACCAGGAUGUUGCUGUGGUUUGCCGUGCUGUGCUGUCAGCCAAAGAGAGGACAGCUGCCACCGAGAGAACCACUGAGACUCCUGAUCACCGACGACAGAGCACACUACCCCAGCACCGUAACCCAAUACAGCUGGACAGGUGUCCGAUGGAGAGAGGACUCCCUCACUCACACUGAGGCCGAUGUCAAACACAUGUUCAGCCAACAUGAGAAAGUGACUGUUACACAAAUGGAGUUAGGUGGACACCACCACCGCUCCAAACAGCUCCCGGGAGCUUUGCUCAGAGCCGCUGCUGCCGCCAGAACGUAUGCAGAAUGGAUCUGACAGAUGACCAACACCUCGCAGUAUACACAGUCUCCCACCAGAACGUUAGUGAGACUGAUGAAGCUGCUACAACUCUCAAUACCAAACUGACUGAUGACACACCGACGGAGGAGCCUUACACAGGUUGUCAAUCUCAAGUGCAGCAAAUUCUACAAGACGCUCAUGCACUUCAGAGCGCUACAGAUCGCCAAAGACUCAGACAAAUUCUUUAUAAGCUCAAAGAAUCCUGUGCCAAAGACUUUCUAAACUGUGGUCUUACCAACCUACACACGGUGCGCAUACCUACGCACCCUGAUGCUCCUCCCACUUCUGUCAAACAGUACAAGAUUUCCAUCGCCUCACACAAACCAGGGCAGGAGAUCAUCGAAUCUAUGCUGGAGAAAGGUGUCAUCCAUCCAUGCAACAGCACCUACUCAGCCCUCAUCUGGCCCGUCCUCAAAACUAACGGCGAGUGGCAACCCACCAGUGACUACAGGAAUCAACAGGUGCCGCUGUCACGAUGGCACAAGACCCAGCUGGAACAAGAAAUGCCCCGAAUCAGAGGAGCCACAAUCCUCCCUACACUGGAUGUGGCCUCUGGAUUCUGGACCAUUCCGGUGCACCCGGAAAACCAACACAAACUGGCAUUCACACUUGGCAACCGACAGUUCACCUUCAACAGGUGUCUGUUCGACUAUGCCAACUCACCAGCUGAAUUCAACAUCUGUUUGAACAAAGCCUGUACAGACUCUAACUAUACUAGACUCAGUUUCGUGUGCCAUCUUCCAUGCUGUAAACAGAAUGGUUUCAAAACUGCAAACAACAAGCCAGUCAAACACCAACACAUGUUCCAGCAAUGUGAUGACAUCACAAAAACACACAAUGUGACUGUGUACUGGAAGAAGGUAAAAGGACACCCGAAGCUACCAAGUCUAGACAAGGACUUAAAAGAUCAAACUGACACUCUUGCCAAAACUGGCACACUAAACAACAGGCUGUGGUCACUCCCAACCCACCCACCCACAUUCAGGGUUGAACUGAUUACACACAGCAUAAGAACUUUACUAGCUAAACUGCCUACCUCAGAAACGCUUACGCUGGCUCCGUUGUCUACAAAGACCAACAUAGCGGACAUGCUGGCUUCUGAAACCCACAUAAUGACUUUGCUUUACCACCUCUCAGACCCCUCCAUCCACCCUGGCAACCAGUCUAUAGUCACCGACAACCAACGUCCCAGACCACUGCAUGAUACAAAGGACAUGCUGCGUGCACAGAAAAACAUUGUGGUUUGUGCACCGUCUGACAUCACAAUGCCAGGGCUUGUAAUGCUACGGAGCAAAAGGGGGAUAAAGCCAAUAUAUUUCCAUAACGCAUCAUGUGCUGCACCACGCAGCACCAGAGCCACUGACAAAACACUGAAGCAAGCAUCAUGCCAGCAGCAAAAUGUGGCAAAACAUGAGCCAGGGCGAGCUAAACCCAGUCGCCGCCCACGAAGCAAAGAGACUGCCCUGUCCAACCAAAGACAGCCCUCACUUGUUUCUUCCUCCCCCUUCUCUCUCUCUCUCCCUGUUAUCUGUACCAGGAUGCUGCUGUGUCGUUUGCCGUGCUGUGCUGUCAGCCAAAGAGAGGACAGCUGCCACCGAGAGAACCACUGAGACUCCUGAUCACCCACGACAGAGCACACUACCCCAGCACCGUAACCCAAUACAGCUGGACAGGUGUCCGAUGGAGAGAGGACUCCCUCACUCACACUGAGGCCGAUGUCAAACACAUGCUCAGCCAACAUGAGAAAGUGACUAUUACACAAAUGGAGUUAAAUGGACACCACCACCGCUCCAAACAGUUCCCGGGAGCUUUGCUCAGAGCCGCUGCUGCCGCCAGAACGUUUAACAUUGGUAUGUCCAGUGUCAAUGCAGCAAACCAGACCGUAAACUCCACGAAACCGCUGUUUACUGUCUUCCAGAAUGACUUUACCCAGACUCAGCUGCUUACAGCGCUAACAACAGACAUGCUGUGGGAGGUUACCUCCUCCAAUGACAGCCU